AUUCACUUAAGGAGUAAUAUCAGCCUAAGCCCCCUAAAAAUAGUGUGAUUUUUCCAAGUUUGUAUAAAAAUGUGAGAAGAUCUACUGAUAUGCAGGUUUUUAUAUAGGCAUAUACGAAAUAGGGACCAGAUAAGUCUAUAAAGAAGCUGUUGCUUGUUGAUACGGCGGAGAUGGCAGCAUAAUUCACUUUUCGUUUGCUUUAUUAGAAAAAAUAUUAACAGAUUGCACAUAUAAAUUUUGGUAGAGAAUAACGUUAUAAGCUUAAUGUGGGUAUUAGUUGAUAUCUUUUCAGUCAAGUCAAAAUUUUAGAUUAAUUUUUGCCUUUCUUUUUGCCUUUCUUUUUUGUCACGUAAGUUAAGAAGGGUCCCUUGGGCAACACAUUAAUUAAGUUCAAAAGCUAUUCAAAUUAAAAUGAAAUUUUGGUGCAGAAGAUCUUCGAAGUUCAGCUCUUAGUUUUUAUCAUAUAAAAAAGUUUAAUUAGAUUAAAAAAAAAAAAAAAACUCAACGUCGGUGGAUCGAUUGUCAACAUAUUAAAGAGCUAAAUUGUAUUCUAAACGAAAAUGUGCGUUCAUUUUUAUUUUAUAAGAUAUUUUUCUUAUUGUCAAGAAGAUAAAUCGAUAAAUUUUAUUUAUUUAAAAACACAAAUAUCGCCUCAAGAAAAUGUAUAGUUUAUUAUUAGCCGUUCUAUAAAGCGACUUAACUUUGUUGACUUAUCAUAGUUAUUAUAACAGAUGCAUUGACAGAUGUAUAUUCACUUUAUUUACUAUAUACGCACACAUAUUCAGUUCAAUUAAAAAUGGGGAUUUCCGAAGCAAUGAGAUUUUAAUGUGCGAAUAAAUCGGUAGUUCAAGUACACUAUUUUGUGUUUCAAGCUGCCUAAAAAGAUGGACAUAGGAGCAGAAAUUAUAACCAAACCCUAACGACGGUAUGCUUCAACGAUUAAUUAGCGAAACACUUGGGAUCUGAGUAGCGCGGGAAAGAUUCCGGGCAUAUCAUCUUAACACAAAAAAUUAAAGCCGUACAAGUUAAUCAAAAAUGUCUUUACUCUGAAAACUUUUAGCUGCACAUUCGCACACUCUUAUCAGAACGAUUGCAAACAGGUGCUUUCCCGUACGCUCUCUUAAUAUAUAUAUAUAUAUAUAUAACAUCAACAAAUAUUAUUUAGCUCAUAAUUCGUUUAAGUUGUUCGCAUAGCAGUGAUACUUAAAAAAAAAAUUUUGUACCAAAAGAAAAAAAAAAAACCGCAAAUUGUAACUUAUUUCUUUUUUGAUAAAACAAUGGUGUACUCUUGGCUUGUCUUAUCGCUUUGGGCUGGAUUAUGUCGGAGCCAAGCAACAAUUGAAGUUAACACGGAUUUGGGCAAAAUUAAAGGUCUUGAGAUGACUUCUCGAUUAGGUGAAAAAUUUUGGUCAUUUCGUGGCAUACGGUAUGCUCAAGCUCCCAUAGGAGAUUUACGCUUUCAACCUCCACAACCCCAGAACGCAUGGAAACCUCUAGUAUAUGAUGCUACGGCAGACGGGCCGAUAUGUCCUCAAUUUACAACAGAAACAAGUGAAAUAUCUGAGGAUUGUUUACGUUUGAAUGUUUACACUAAGAAUUUGAAUGAUAAAAAACCAGUUAUUGUGUAUCUGCAUCCGGGCGGAUUUUACUCGUUUUCGGCACAAAGCAAAAGUGUAGCCGGACCACAAAGUUUUAUGGAUCGCGAUAUAGUUUUAGUGACAGUAAACUAUCGAUUGGGCUCGUUAGGCUUUCUAGCCACCGGCACUGCUGAGGCUGUCGGCAACGCAGGACUUAAGGAUCAAGUAAUCGCUUUACGUUGGGUCCAGCAACAUAUACGAAAGUUUGGUGGCGAUUGCGACUCAGUUACUUUGUGGGGCUAUAGUGCCGGCAGCUUUAGCAUUGGUCUGCAUAUAAUGUCGCCCAUGUCUAAAGGUUUAUUCCAUCGUGCCAUUAUGAUGAGCGCUUCACCGUUGGGCCAAUUCAAUUAUCAAAAUAAUCAGUUAAAUUUGGCUGAAAAACAAGCACGUUUACUCAAUUGUCCAGAAAAGCCUAUUAAAAAUAUGGUGAAAUGCUUAAAAGCGAAACCUACUAUGGAUUAUGUUGAUACCAUUAGGGACAUGUUUGAAUUUGAAUGGAAUCCGGUACUUAACUGGGUACCAGUGAUAGAGCCUGAUUUUGGUCAAGAGCGCUUCAUAGCCGAUGACCCCUACAAAGUUAUGGAAAGUGGAAAUAUUCAUAAAGUACCCCUAAUCAUCGGAAUCACUGAAUACGAAUUCUAUUAUUUAGCCUUUUACACUUUACGUAAUGAAACUCAACGUGAGCGCUUUAAUGCAGAUUUCGGUACAUACGCCCCAAUUUAUUUCCUAUACGAACGUGAAACCCAGAAAUCUUUGACAGCCAGUGAAGCUUUUCGCAAGAAAUAUUUUGAAAAUCAACCUUUAGUUUAUCCAAAUUCUUUGGAAAGAUUCGGUCAACUGUACAGUGACGGCCUUAUAUGCUUCGAAUAUUACAGAUAUUUGCAUAUGAUUUUAAAGCAUGUACCCGUCUACACUUAUAUGUUCAAUUAUAAAGGACGUUACAGUUUCUUUAUAAAUCCGGAUACCAAUCAGACAUACGGUGCUAUGCAUCAUGAUGAACUUUUAUAUCUUUUACAUAUGCCGGUUUUGACACCGCUAUUCACGAAAACCGAUCCUGAGAAUGAUGUCAUUGAACGUCUAACUCGCUUAUGGUCAGAAUUUGCGAAAAAUUCGUACGUAUCCUCGUAUAUAUCAAGUUUAUUAUAUAAAUUCUCUUGGUUUUUUUUUUUCUUGUUUCUCUAGCGAUCCUAAUAAUCCUAAUGACGUUUACUUAAAAGAUAUAGAUUGGUGCCUGUAUACGGAGAAAGACAAGAAGUAUUUAGAAAUAGGUGACGA